GAAAGGUAGCCGUCGCCAGCUCCGGCUCCGAGCGAGACGAGCGAGUGCGAAAGGGCGAAAGGGAAGAAAGGAGAAAGAGACGGGCGAAAGGAGAGAGGAAAGAGAGACGGAGAGAGAGAAUCUCCAGAGAAACCCUAAUCUUCCUCUCUUCGAAGCCUGUCUUUCUGUCGGUUCCAUCAGGAUAAGAUAAGGAGGAAGGAGUUAGGGUUCUGCUCGCCAUAUCAAAAAUGCAUAAGUUGGGAAGAGGACACCGGGAUAAAAUUCAGCAGUUUAUGGCUAUUACUGGAACCAGUGAGAAAGUUGCUCUUCAAGCUCUGAAGGCAAGUGAUUGGCAUUUGGAGGGAGCUUUUGACAUGUUUUACAGUCAGCCACAUAUUAGAACUACCACCAAUACCAGACAUCUUGAAGAUCUCUAUAACAGAUACAAAGAUCCAUAUGUUGAUAUGAUACUGGUUGAUGGGAUAUCCCUUCUUUGCUCCGAUUUGCAAGUGGAUCCUCAAGAUAUCGUUAUGUUGGUUGUAUCUUGGCACAUGAAGGCUGCCACGAUGUGUGAAUUCUCACAACAAGAAUUCCUUGGCGGAUUACAAUCUCUAGGGAUAGAUACAAUUGAGAAGUUUCGUGAGAAGCUGUCAUACAUGCGUAGCGAGCUAAGAGAUGAUCAAAAAUUUCGCGAGAUAUACAACUUUGCAUUUGCCUGGGCUAAAGAAAAGGGUCAAAAAUCUUUAGCACUAGAGACAGCUAUUGGCAUGUGGCAGUUGCUAUUUGCAGAAUGGCAUUGGUCUUUAGUUGAUCAUUGGUGUCAAUUCUUGCAGCUAAAACAUAACAAAGCAAUAUCAAGGGAUACCUGGUCUCAGUUAUUGGAAUUUGCUAAGACUAUCGAUCUUCAACUCUCCAACUAUGAUGAAGAGGGUGCUUGGCCCUAUUUGAUAGAUGAAUUUGUUGAAUACUUGACUGAAAAUGGAAUCGUCCAACGUCCUCGAAAUUGAGAAACCAUACAUUAUACCGGCGGUGUAGAUUCUUCUCGUGCAUUGAGAUUGGCUCAUGAAAGCAUUAUGCUUUGGAUUUGGUGGUUGUUCAAAAACAAAAUCAAAGCCUUCAAAACUUGCUCUAGGUAUGACAUGUGAGCCUGAAGCAAGAUGAAGAAACAUUUAUAACCUGAUAUUUUUUUCUUUCUAUUUCAUAUCACUCUCUGGUUAUUGUAGGUUUGUAUUGCCUUCCUUGAGUUGUUGCUACUCUGAUACUUUGCUGCGUGUGAUUGCGAACUCUACAUUUUUUUAUGAAAAUUAAUCAUCAGCACUUUUGUAAUAACGCUCAUGCUAAAUGGAAAGGAACUAUUCGAUCUGAUAAUAAAAUUGCAUUUUCGACA